AUGCGCUUCCGAGACUUGCAAGUUCCCACGCCGGGCUUUGGUGCCAUGGGCAUCAGCUUCGCACUCGGCAACGACCUCAGCUACGAAGAGGCCGAGCCUGUAUUGCUGAAGGCUUUGGAGCAGGGUUGUACAUUCUGGGACACCGCUGUUUCUUAUGGCCCGGGGAAGAAUGAGAAGAUUCUCGGCGACUUUAUCAGGAAGCACAACUUUGCGUCAAAGUGCGGCAUUGCUGCUUUUGAAGACGGAUCCGUAACCAACUCGGCUGAGCAUAUCGCGACAUACAUCGAGGGAACCAUCGAAAGACUCGGCUUCACUCCCGACCUAUACUAUAUCCACCGCAUGGAUCCAAAUACAUCACUUGAAGAAUCCAUCCCUGCUCUUGACUCCCUCCGCAAACAAGGCAAAACAAAGUACAUCGGCUUAUCCGAAUGCUCUGCUGAGACACUGCGGAAGGCAAACUCAAUCGCCAGGAUCGAUGCCGUCCAAGCAGAAUACUCCGCUUUCGAAACGAUUCACGAAACCGACGGUUUGAUCGACAAUGCCCGUGAGCUUGACAUCGAGUUUAUAGCCUAUGGUCCCCUCGGCCACGGAUGGCUCGUAGAGAACUUCCCCUACCAAACGCCGGAAGACUUCGCCCCCGAAGAUUACAGACGCCAGAUUCCCAAGUGGCAAGGCGAGAACUUUUAUGCUAACAAGAGAAUCGCCGAUGGUUUCCGUGAGCUGGCCAAGCGCAAGAAGUGUACCUUGCCUCAGGUUGCCCUUGCCUGGGUGUCUGCGCAGGGCAUGAUUUCGAUACCUGGCACGACGAAGCCAGAGCGGUUGGUUGAGAACUUUGCGUCCAGGGACAUAGAGCUUACGGAGGAGGAGGUAAAGGAUAUGAGGAAGCUAGUUGAUGCUUUGAAACCGCAGGGAGACCGGUACAAUGAAGUUGCGAUGAGAAACAUAGGUAAAUAG